AUGCUUAGAGCCACGACCCUGAAAAAGGCGUCCGGCAGCGGUCUGCUGCGUGGCAGCUCCGCCUGCUCUGCCUGCCGGAGGUCGCUGUUCCUGGCGACGGCGUCCAAGAAUGCCCCCGGUGCCAUUGCGACGCGGCGACCCUUGGCUGUCAUUGAGCGCACCUUCAACACCAGCCGGAGACAGUAUGCGGCGGCUGCACAGAAUACGGGUAGUGGGGUGGGAAACACGGCCAACUACAUUGACGAGAUGUACCUCGCCUGGCGGAAAGAUCCCUCCAGCGUCCACAUCUCGUGGCAGACCUACUUCAAGAACAUGGAGGAAGGCAACAUGCCCAUCUCCCAGGCCUUCCAACCGCCGCCGACCAUCGUGCCCGCCCCCGCCGCUGGCGUCCCCCAGCACCUGCCUGGCGCUGGGCCCGAUCUGAUGAACCACCUCAAGGUCCAGCUGCUCGUCCGUGCGUAUCAGGCCCGCGGCCACCACAAGGCCAAGAUCGACCCGCUGGGCAUCCGUGGUGAGGUCGAGGCGUUCGGUUACCACAAGCCCAAGGAGCUCGAACUCAGCCACUACGGCUUCACCGAGAAGGACCUGGAUCUGGAGUUCACCCUGGGCCCCGGUAUCUUGCCCCGCUUCGAGACCGAAACCCGUAAGAAGAUGAGCCUCCGCGAAAUCAUCGCCACCUGCGAAAAGGUCUACUGCGGUUCCUACGGUGUCGAGUACAUUCACAUUCCCGACCGCGUGCUCUGCGACUGGAUCCGUGACCGCUUCGAGGUCCCGCAGCCCUACAAGUACUCCGUCGACGACAAGCGCCGCAUUCUGGACCGGCUCAUCUGGAGUUCCAGCUUCGAGGCCUUCCUGGCCACCAAGUUCCCCAACGACAAGCGUUUCGGUCUGGAGGGUUGUGAGUCCCUGGUCCCCGGUAUGAAGGCCCUCAUCGACCGCAGCGUCGAGCACGGCAUCAAGGACAUUGUCAUCGGUAUGCCCCACCGUGGUCGUUUGAACGUCCUCUCCAACGUCGUCCGCAAGCCGAACGAAUCCAUCUUCAGUGAGUUCUCCGGCACCGCCGAACCCACCGACGAGGGUUCCGGUGACGUGAAGUACCACCUCGGCAUGAACUUCGAGCGCCCCACGCCGUCCGGGAAGCGUGUCCAGCUGUCGCUGGUCGCCAACCCAUCCCAUCUGGAAGCGGAGGACCCUGUCGUGCUGGGCAAGACGCGCGCCAUCCAGCACUACAACAACGACGAGAAGGAGUUCAAGACUGCGAUGGGUGUCCUGCUGCACGGAGAUGCCGCCUUCGCCGCCCAGGGUGUGGUCUACGAGACCAUGGGUUUCCACUCGCUGCCCGCCUACUCGACUGGAGGCACCAUCCACAUCAUUGUGAACAACCAGAUCGGAUUCACUACGGACCCUCGCUUCGCUCGUUCGACUCCAUACUGCUCCGAUAUCGCCAAGGCGAUCGACGCCCCUGUCUUCCACGUCAAUGCCGACGAUGUCGAGGCGGUCAACUACGUCUGCCAGGUCGCCGCCGAUUGGCGCGCCACGUUCAAGCGUGAUGUCGUUGUCGACAUCGUCUGCUACCGGAAGCAGGGUCACAACGAGACCGACCAGCCCUCCUUCACCCAGCCGCUGAUGUACAAGCGCAUCGCGACCCAGAAGAGCCAGCUCGACAAGUACGUCGAGAAGCUCAUUGCUGAGGGCACCUUCACCAAGGAAGAUAUCGACGAGCACAAGAAAUGGGUCUGGGGCAUGCUGAACGACAGCUUCGACCGCAGCAAGGACUACCAACCCACCAGCAAGGAGUGGCUGACCUCCGCCUGGAACGGCUUCAAGACCCCCAAGGAGCUGGCCACCGAGGUCCUGCGACACCUGCCCACCGGUGUCGAUGCGGACACGUUGCGUUUGAUUGCGGACAAGAUCAGCGGCGCUCCGGAGGGCUUCAACGUCCACCGCAACCUCAAGCGGAUCCUGGCCAACCGGAAGAAGACCGUCGAGGAGGGCAAGGGCAUUGACUGGGCCACCGCCGAGGCUCUGGCCUUCGGUACCCUGGUGAAGGAAGGCCACCACGUCCGUGUGUCGGGACAGGAUGUCGAGCGUGGUACCUUCUCGCAGCGUCACGCCGUUCUGCACGACCAGGAAACCGAGGCCACCUACACCCCUCUGCAGCACAUCAGCCCGGACCAGGCCACCUUUGUCAUCUCUAACUCCUCGUUGAGCGAGUAUGGCGUUCUCGGCUUCGAGUACGGAUACUCUCUAACCUCGCCCAAUGCGCUGGUGAUGUGGGAGGCCCAGUUCGGUGACUUCGCCAACAACGCCCAAUGUAUCAUUGAUCAAUUCAUUGCCUCGGGUGAAAUGAAGUGGCUGCAGCGAUCGGGUCUGGUUGUGUCGCUGCCUCACGGCUACGACGGCCAGGGUCCGGAGCACUCCUCCGGUCGGAUGGAGCGCUGGCUGCAGCUCUGCAAUGAGGAGCCUCGUGUGUACCCAUCCCCCGACAAGCUGGACCGCCAGCACCAGGACUGCAACAUGCAGGUUGCCUGCAUGACCACCCCGGCCAACCUCUUCCACAUCCUGCGUCGCCAGAUCAACCGCCAGUUCCGGAAACCUUUGAUCAUCUUCUUCUCGAAAUCCCUGCUGCGUCACCCGAUUGCCCGGUCCAACAUUGAGGACUUCACGGGUGACUCUCACUUCCAGUGGAUCAUUCCUGACCCGGCCCACCAGACUUCUGCGAUCGACGAGCCCGAGAAGAUCGAGCGUGUCAUCCUCUGCACUGGCCAGGUCUACGCCGCCCUGGUGAAACACCGCGAGAGCUUGGGCAUCCGCAACACCGCCAUCACCCGUGUCGAGCAGCUGCACCCGUUCCCGUGGGCUCUGCUGAAGGAGAACCUGGACAGUUACCCCAAUGCUAAGAACAUCGUGUGGGCUCAGGAGGAGCCGCUGAACGCGGGUGCAUGGAGCUACGUCCAGCCUCGUAUCGAGACCCUGCUGAACGAGACCAAGUACCACAACCGCCGCCACGUGCUGUACGCUGGUCGCCCGCCGAGCGCCUCGGUGGCCACUGGUAUCAAGGCCAUGCACGUCAAGGAAGAGCAGGAGUUGCUGGAGGAGGCGUUUAGUGUGCACCAGGAGCGCUUGAAGGGCGAGUAA